AUGGCCGCCCGCAAAGCCCAGGAUACUUCUCUUUACCUCGCUCGUCACAUUUUUCUUCCCUCUCAACUCCCACAGUCUGAUGACUCCGCUCAUGACAACGAUAUCGCCCUUUUGCGGUGCGUUUAUAACGCUCUGGGCAAAUUUAAGAGCCACGUCACAGAAUCUCAGCAGGAACCCGUCGCCUUGGUCACGGGCAUGGUGCAUAAGAUGCUCACCGCUCAUAAGCCUUUGGGUGGGAGAACAGCCGUUGAUGAAGCAAAACUUGCUGAGGUUCUGCGCCACGUGUUGGAUGCGCCUGGCUCAGUCGGUGUUCACAUCAGAGAGCAGAACGCGGGCGUCCUGAUCAGCCGAGUUGAUUCAACACUCAGGGUGGAAGCCUUUGAACUGUCGGCCUGCAAUAAAGAUGUCACCACGACCGCCGGACGUUUGCGCCGUACUUUCCCCGGGACUGCUGUCUCUAUCAGUCUCGAGAAUGCUCGGGAGGACGGGUUCAUCACCACCCUGGCAGCCACAUUGAGUAAAAUGACUACACAGCCCUCCGCCGAGACCAAGCCCAAGGCCAAGAAGGCCGGGCAACUCCAGGACGAGAAUCGCGAUACAACUCAUCCAAAAAUGGUCACAGAGCUACUGCACGCAUUUCUCCUAGCUGUCGGUCAGCCUACAGCGUCCGACAGAAUCUGCAAGAACACUCGAGAAGAAGUCUUGUGGCGGCAGGCUUGUCUUCCCUGGCGCAGGUCGCCAAUGUGGAUGCUCAUCCGUGUAGCCCUCCAGUUGUCGUUCAUCCGUUUGGCUGGGUCCCCCCAGUACGGCGUCAAAACCUACAAGCUGUUCAUGGUUUUCCUCAUGGCCGAUGUUCUUCAGAAAGCCCUGGAUGAUGGCCUGGACUCAGAUAUACUGUACUCAAUGACGGCCAAGUGCUCCAGGAGACUUCUCAAGAUUGGACUGGAGACUCACAACAGUGCCCUUGACUAUGUCCACAAUCAGAUGCAUUACGCAAAUAGCUUUCUCCGGGAGCGGUGGGCGGUAAUUCGGAACAAGACGUUAAUCGAUUUGACGAAUCAUUUUUCUAGCCUCAAGACUAUCGACUUUUCGCAGGACAUCGUCAUCGCUCUUCCCGGUCUCGAUGGCUUUCUUGAUUCCAUCAGAAGUCGUCAGGUCGUGGAUGAUAGCCGUGUUUUCAUUCCGUCAUGGAGACUGACCAAGUAUGACAGUCAAUCGUUACCGAGGUCCAUUGAUCCGUCUGAUUCGGAUCAUCUGCCACUGACCCUCGUGGCUUUUGAGACUUGGGUAGAAAUGCACCUCGAGCAUUGGAUGUCUUCACAGCUAGCCGAAGACUAUCUCAACACCUGCCUCCAGCUACGGCAUCUUAUCGAGAGUUAUCACAACGCAGCAAGCAGCAUGUACUGUGGAAACCCGGAGACGACGUCCAUCAUGUUGCUUACCAUACUGGAACUUUGGGUGGCGUGCGACAAAGCAGCAGUAACCGCACAUCCUCUGCUGGCUGAUUACGACCCUGGAAUUCCUCGAGGCUUGUUCCAGAACUUCUUGCUGCCGUCGAGAAGACAGAUGAAAAGAAUAUUCGAAAUCGAGCGGUAUCUAGUCGAUCGCUCCAGCAGGUCCAAUUCCCGGUUGUCAGCUUUCCACAUUUACAAAUCUUUUGGUGCAUCCGACAGUUUCUCCCUGCGAUACUUUCAACAGUCCACUCGGCAUCAAAACCUCUUGCUUCUUAUUGAAGCCGACGCAACCGAGAAACGAGAAGCCAAACGCUGCGAACUAAAGCGCGUGCAGGACAGAUACAAAGCUCUCAUGAAGAAGUACGGCGAAAGCGAAUGUACCUAUGUCGACAAUUUGGACCAUUACAGUGGCAUCUAUUACCAGGAGCAUAGCGAAUGCUGCACUAGAUGCGGAUACCAGAAAGAGGCCCAAAGUCUUCGAAUCUAUGUUCACGAAUGGCCGCUUCCAAGGCAGGAUCUCCAAAAGAAGUCGGUUGUCUUCGAACUUGAACUCCCGCAAACAUUUGGCUACUGGCGAGAAGCUAGUUUUUAUGUCCUUCUCGACGUUCUCAAGGUACAACAUGCCAACCUCCGACGGCCGCAGUCUCAGCACUCACUGCGCAAAUACGAUGCACUCCGGCCAUACCAUCAAGCGAGAGUUGUGUCGCAAAAUGUCCAGCUCCUAUCGGAAACGAAGCCCAAUGUUGUCGUCCACCGAAACCCAGUCGUUGUGACUUCGGCCACUGAAGCAAACGUGCUUCUCAACAAUGGGCUACAAUUCAUGUACCACGACGAGAGGAGAUCUUGCUUCAUCCAAGACCUCUCGGUGACGGACAAAAUUCCACACAGCUGUACAUACAGAUUGCCACACUGUUCAGCGUUUCUGCAAAAAUUUAUCUUCCGACCCGCGGCUGAACCGUGCGGCCCUCCGCCGAACUUGGUCAUCGCCACCCAGAGUGCCUGUCCAAAAGAGAUGACCGUAGAGGAGUACAAAGCUGUGGCGUCUAUUCCAUUAGGUGUCAAUAUUCAGUACCAAAACAUCCUUGUUCAGCUGUUCUCGCCGAUGGUAGAUUUCAAGAAGUGGGAAGUCACGUUGACGAUUUGGCAGUGCAUUUACCAAGCCGGUCCGGGUAGUGGACAUGUUGCGAGGGCCGCGCACGAUAUCUGCGAGGAUGAGCAAUUUGCCAGCAAGCUUCUCGAAGGCAUCACCGACGCAACACAACGCUUCGAACAGAAUUGGCAAUCAUCGGCAGCACUCGCCACCCUGAUUUCACUAGCUUGCCGGCUGCUCACACUCACUCGAUCUGUCGCAAUUGAAACUCAGUGUCUUGACUACUUGCGCAAAGCCAGGAAGAUCACCUUUCAGUGGGCUUUGGCUCUAAGGGAGAAAGCUCAAAAGUGCCUUGAUGACGACGAGAAGAUCUCUCUCCAACGCAGGGCUUUGGAAGCGUUUUUAAUUUCCUCCGACAGCUUCAACACGGACGCCAACCGCCAGCAAAGCGCUCUGUCGCAAAUGGAAGAAGCCUGCUUGUACCUUCAAUGUGCUAUCUACAUACAAGAGUAUUCGGAGUCGCUACUCAGUUCCCUUGAUGCCACGAUAGGAGGUCUUCACGCUCGUUGGCAACGAACCUUACAUCAUUGCUAUCAGUACCUGGCGACGGCGGACAACGUUGGCGCUGCUCUCGACCAUGCAAUUCUCGCUUCAUGGCCAGCAUAUCGCUCAAGUGGUGUUUGGACUAUACUCUCAGACGACCAUGACCACUGGCUCGCGAGCACCACCGUUUCUCCGAACGCUCAAUCUGUUCAUUUCAGCCUGGUCACUGGCGAGUUCCUUGUCGACGGGGUGCCUUUGGACCAUCUUCCGGCGGAGUACCUAAAGCAUCCGGCGUAUCAUACACUUUUUGGCCGACUGUCCCUUGAUAUCAUGCCUAGUUCCAUUCCCGGAAUGCAGUACUCCUGUACAGCAUUCUACGCUGGGCACAAGGUUCACGUGUCUCUUGGGGGCUCACGGACGUCUGCUGCAUCGACGCUGGAUCUUCUGGUGCACUCGAGUCAAAAUCAAACGAAAUAUGAUCUAGUUCCAUCUCGUCACCUUCGAUGGAGUUUCCCACGUUCGUUCUUAGAGAAACACGUUCACUGGUACAAUCAUAAUGAGGAUUGUGUCGAGUUCUGCGACAGCCGCACUCCAUGGCGCCAUGCGACGUCGAACUGGAAGCUGAGGCGCACUCAAAACGGCCGUGACUGGUCCCUUCACCGAGGCGAGGACGUCCUAAUUGGCAUUAACAAAGAAUCGUCUCUGCUUUUAGCCAGUAUACUCGAGCCACUUGAGGACAGGGACUGGAUUCAUGUCAUACAACGCAACUCGAAUGCAAUCUUCAUUGAUCUUCCCCGUACCGGUCUGGAGUUCACGCUGGUACCAGGGACAUCAGCCAUGGUAUCGAAGCAAUACCGUGGAAUGGUGAUCGACUCUCUACAGUCAAUCGGUUCUUUGAUAGGGAUGCGUGAUAAGCUGGUCUUGCGCGCCAGCCAGUCUCUCGACACCUGCCUUACCCCGCGCCGCCGGGUGUUGGUCAUGGACGGAAACGUAUCUCACGUUGCUACGGCAGAACAUGUUCAAGUCCGCAUCGCAAAGGACUCCCACCGCAAGGUACACACGUAUGACGUUGACGAGCAGCUUGGCCGAUUAGUGAGCAACGGAAGCCUGCAGAGCAAGCUUUUUCUCGCCUAUCUCCAUGCUCUGACUUCAUUCUGUCUGCCGGAUCCGCUCACGAGAAGGACUGGGACUGAGGAAGCUUUAAACAUCCUCGGCUCGGCUUCCACGAGAUCGUUUGAUUGUCUAAGCCACGAGAACGUGCAGCUUCUCUCUUUUAUUGCCAAGUUGACGCCCGGGAGGUCCUACUAUCCCGCCCAUGAGCGGGUCAUGCAGACCGUACACUGGGAUCAGGGGCUGAGUUUCCUGUCACAGCACGGCCUCUUCCUUGGCCGUGUGCGCUCAAUUUUCGAUCACGCAUCCAGAUCAGAGUUCUUAUACCCGGAACGAUAUGUCAAACCUCCAGCCUUGGACCACGCCGACGCACAUCUUCUUGAUAGGGACAAUAUUCGAUCGUCCACAUUUCGGAUCUCUGACUUUGGGGCGGAACUGCAUUGCAUAACGAAAGACAAAGACUACGAACCCCGAGAUCGAUCUGUCACUUCCUCGAGCUCAAAAUCUCACUCUGUAGCGCGCAUGGUCUUCUUCAACCAACCUGCGCUAUUUCAGUCUCUUCCGCCGAGCUUUGGAAGCCAUCUCUGGGACUAUUUGAAACAGACCUCGGAGGUUUCCUACCGGAGUGGCACAUCUGUCAUCGCCGAGAUUGCCUACGAUUCUGGUCUGCUGCUGGAAUCAACAGGAUUCAUCGCCAAGAACUGGAUCGAUCUUCACCGAGAUGUCAUACCAGGAGUUUGCAAGUUUAAAUUGAUGAUCUGGCUGGCGACACUAGCCUUCGCAACAAGCGCGAACAUAGGAGUUAUUCAGACUCUCGCGUCCUUCCGUACCUCUCCGCAGGCAAUGCAGGUGUCGUCCCCCGCUGGCAAUAAUUUCCAACUCUCCAAAGGCGCCAAAGUCGACUCCGCAAUGUUGCAGAAGGUCAUCCUGUCGGGCGCUGUUCCAUACAACAGUAGCCCAGAGGCCAACCUGGCCAGGAAUUCAUACGAAUCCUCAAGCGCCUAUGACCAACGGCGAUCGAGUCAAUUCAAGUCCAAGCGUCAAAUGGCAGUGAACACUCUGGUAUCUUGCCUGCGGUCCCAAUGGCCAUGCAAAGUGCCCGAAAUUCCGUUGGCCCAUCAGAAUCAGAACCUGUGGCGAACUUACAUAAGGGUCAACCAUGUUCUUCCGGCUAUCAAGACGCAUUUCAGGAUGUGGCACGAUAACUUGCUGUUCGAGAGAUAUGUCAAUACCAUUGCCUCCAACAUGCCCUCCGCAGUUCGUUCGUCACAGUUCCCCUGUCCUUUGUUGACAACCCCAAUCUGGAGUCUUUCGGUUGCGCGUCGCUUUAUUAGCGGUAAUGAUAUUUUUCGGCGCGCCAAGCCACCUCCUCCAGCUCGCGGCCUCCACAUUCUGUGUCAAGAGACCUUGCCGGAAUUGCGGAAAUAUGAUUAUCGAAUGCCAGAGUUGCUAAGUGUGUUACGGGCGAGAGCCCAGGGCACCUAUGAACAGCUUUACGUUGACGAGCUCGAUGCAAGCUUCCGAGCACUGCAACGAAAGGGCAUUACCAGCAGCAAUGCUCCUGGUUCAGCACCUCUGAAGAAGGAGGUUCUAGUGGCUUAUCUUCAACAGUGGAAGGAGGAAGUUGAUCGUCAAUACAACGCGAUUGUCACAGCACUUCUGGGUCUCGAGGGUGAACAACCGUCGACGGCGAUCGAGGGUUUCGAUCUUUACUGCAGACCUCGUACUUCACCGGUGGUGAUCCUACAGAGACUCAACAAAGACCACGUCAAAAAUACCCCGACCAAGUGGAGAGAGCGCAUUGUGGACUAUGGCGUAGCUAUGACACAACUUCAACGAGCAGAGAGAAUGGUUGCUUCCAUGGAUGAUCCUCCCGCCCUUGGGAACGAACUGCGUAACCCAGGACACGCCAAUUGGAAACCCCUGGAUUAUCCUGAUACGCUCCUUCUCGAGAUUGACAGUGACCUAAUGGUACGCGAGGUCCAAGAAAGUGUUGCCAAGAGCAUGCGAGAUCCUCCCUCAGGCAAAAACACGACCAUGCAGCUGCUCAUGGGCGAAGGGAAGUCCUCGGUCAUUCUUCCCAUCGUCGCAGCGGCCCUCGCAAAUGGCUCGAGGAUCGUGCGGGCGAUUGUUGCCAAGCCGCAAUCCAAGCAGAUGCAGCAGAUGCUCGAGUCUCAGCUCGGAGGACUGGUCAAUCGUCCAAUAUUCCAUCUCCCUUUUUCUCGCUCCAUAAAGGUCGGGCUUGCAGAGGUUGAAGCGCUAGCGACGAUCUGCAUCGACUGUAUGAAAUCAGGAGGCAUCUUGCUUGUUCAGCUUGAGCAUAUCCUGUCGUUCCAGCUGAGGGGCAUUGAGACUGCCAUCAGUGGCAAGAUGGAUAUCAGCCGUCCUCUUCUCCAGCUGAAAGACUUCAUGGACCGCGCAGCACGCGACAUUGUCGAUGAAAGUGACGAGAACUUCAGUGUAAAGUUCGAGCUUGUCUACACUAUGGGCACUCAGCAAUCGAUCGAACACAGUCCAGAUCGAUGGAUCUGUAUACAUCACGUGUUGGGCAUCGUUCGUGGGGCUAUUGCGGAGGUGGAGAAGAGCUAUCCUGACUCAGUCGAUUUAUCUCCAGGACGGCCGGGAUGCUUCCGCAGACUGCGAAUCCUGAGAGAUGACGCAAAGGAUAAGUUGGCCGACCUCGUUUCCCGGCAGCUAAGCCAGGAGGGCUCUCCUGGGCUUCCUAUGGCAACGCAACCGAGAAAGGUCCAGAGCGCCGUCUGGAAAUAUAUUACCAAAUCCAGCCUGUCGCAAGCGGAGAUCGAAGCGGUCGAGAAGUCCAGCCUCUGGUCUCCCUUGACCAAGAAUACACUUCUCCUGUUCCGCGGCCUACUAGCUACACAGAUUCUGGCGUUCGUGUUCUGCCAGAAGCGAUGGAAAGUUGACUAUGGUCUGGACCCCACCAGGAACCCAAUAACUCAACUGGCUGUGCCCUACCGCGCCAAAGAUAGUCCCAGCGCUCGGUCCGAAUUCAGCCAUCCAGAGAUCAUCAUCAUGCUCACGUCGUUGAGCUACUACUAUGGCGGGAUGACGGACGAAGAUCUUCUAACUACGUUCAGUCACCUCCUAAGGUCCGACCAAGCCGACAUGGAGUAUCAGGUCUGGGUAGCGGACAGUGAUCAUCUUCCCCAUGCUUUCAGCCAACUGUCGGGAAUUAACCUGGAUGAUCGUGAACAAUGUACCGAGCAAGUGUUCCCGUGCUUUCGAUACGCGAAAGGUGCCAUUGACUAUUUCCUGGCUCACGUUGUUUUCCCAAAGGAACUGAAGGAAUUUCCGCACAAACUCUCAGCAUCAGGUUGGGACAUCGGCGAGAAGUCUCAGCCGACGACAGGGUUCAGCGGAACCAACGAUGCAAGGGCUUUUCUCCCGCUUACCAUCUCGCAACUGGAUGACAAAGAACAACAACAUACCAACGCCCAAGUUCUCGAAUACCUUCUGCAAGAUGACACCCUGGUGACACUGAUGCCAAAGCAGAAGACGGCUGGUCGGACCGAUGCAGAGGUUCUCCUAGAGAUGGUGACGCAUCUGCAACCACCUACAAGGGUCAUAUUGGACGUAGGUGCUCAGAUCCUCGAGCUCGACAAUUUGGGGGUCGCCAAGAGGUGGCUUGAGAUAACGGAGGUUUCAGAGCACACACAAGCGGCAAUCUUUUGCGACGACAACGAUAGGCUCUGUGUGGUGGACAGACGCGGAAGGGUGGAGAGUUUCCAGACAUCACCAUUCGCUGGCCAGGUUGACGUCUGUCUCGUGUUCCUCGACGAAGCCCACACUAGGGGAACGGACCUGAAGCUACCAGCAGAUUAUCGAGCCGCGGUGACUCUCGGUGCGAGUCUGACAAAGGAUAGAUUGGUUCAGGCGUGCAUGAGAAUGCGUAAGCUGGGUAAGGGGCAGUCUGUCACCUUUUGCAUUCCAGAUGAGAUCCAGCAGAAGAUCAUCUCUCGCCAAGGGAAUUGUGGACGUACAAUUACAGUGUCGGACAUUCUCGAAUGGGCGAUCUCCGAAACCUACGCUGAAGUUCGUCGUGGUAUCUGGCUCUGGGCGAACCAGGGACGAAGACAUCGUGACCACCAGAUCUUAUGGGAAGAAGCUCGGAUUCGAGGCUCAACCGACCUGGACACCAAUCUUGCAAAGAGGUUUCUUGAGGAGGAGGCUCAGACAUUGGAGCAAAGAUACAGGCCCAAGCCGCCCACGAAGCCCAGAACCGGAGAAUCUCCCAGCCUGUCGUCCAUCGAAGGCCCCGAUGCCAUUGUCGAGCGACUCCUUGAGUUUGACGGUCUCGAAGAGGAUUCGGCCACUUUCCGGGAAGAGCAGGAGCGCGAGCUUUCACCUGAGAUCGAGCAGGAAAGUGAGAUUCAAAGGCCACCACCAGAGGAGCCCGCAGAGCACUUUCUUCAUCCAGAUAUGCGGCGAUUUGUUACUCACGGCGUUCUCCCGAAAGACUCAAAAUCCUUCACCUCGGCCUUCCAGGCGCUGUCAAAUACCACCGCUGCGCGACAUUUUGACGCUGGGAGAUUGUCUACGAGUCUUCUGGCGUCAUCGGAUUUUGUCCACACCGUCAAAUCUUCACGCGGUGGCUACAAGUCAGACCUAUUCCAGAGAUCUGUCCAAUGGAUCCUGACCCGAUAUUCCUUGAAUGGCGUCAUCGACACCGCGAUCAUCAUCAGCCCAUUCGAAGCUCAAGAACUUUUCCCCGACAUCAAGAGAUCGAGCUUCAUCUCUUUGCACCUAUACUCUCCGCGACCCAACACGGGAUAUAGGCCACUGGAUGAUCUCAGUCUGUACACAAUUCCGCAUCGUGGUAACUUCUCUCCGACACCGGCGCUGUCCCUGCGCACAGAAUUGAACCUGUUCUCUGGUCAGCUCUACUUGAAAUCCAUGGAGGAAUACCGCAGCAUUCAAAAAUUCCUCCGGCUAUCUCCUGGACCCACUUCGAGUGAUCGAACCAUUUCUCAUGCUCCUGAUUUGAGCACCGAAGCAUUGAUGCAGUUCAUAAAGGUUCUCAUGACGCAGAUAAGACGAAACUGCGAAUCAAUCGACAAGACACACAUGGGACGGAUCCUGGACCAUCGAGUCCUCGGACCUUCAGAUUUUAGCUGA